CCUCUCGCGAGAAGAGGCACAGAGCCCCGAAAACUUGUUGAAGGUGGCCUCCAGGCUGGGAGCAGGUUGGAAGUGGUGCAGAACUUCUCGCGAGAAAUAGAGCUACCGUUGCCUCCAAAGAGAGGCGGGGGCUCCGAGGUGCGACGGUGUUGCCGCUGGGGCUUAAUCUGGCGGCCAUCCAGUUUGAGAUUAGGAGGGAUUUGGAACCGUGGAGAUGCGGAAGGAAACCCCACCUCCCCUAGUGCCCCCGGCGGCCCGCGAAUGGAACCUUCCUCCUAAUGCGCCCGCCUGUAUGGAACGGCAGCUGGAGGCUGCGCGAUACCGGUCUGAUGGGGCGCUUCUGCUCGGCGCCUCCAGCCUCAGUGGUCGCUGCUGGGCCGGCUCCCUCUGGCUUUUCAAGGACCCAUGUGCUGCUCCCAAUGAAGGCUUCUGCUCCGCUGGAGUCCAGACGGAGGCCGGAGUGGCCGACCUCACUUGGAUGGGGGACAGAGGUAUCCUAGUGGCUUCUGAUUCGGGUGCUGUUGAGUUGUGGGAGUUGGAUGAGAAUGAGACACUUAUUGUCAGCAAGUUCUGCAAGUAUGAGCAUGAUGACAUUGUGUCUACGGUUGGUGUCCUGAGCUCUGGCACACAAGCUGUCAGUGGUAGCAAAGACUUCUGCAUCAAGAUUUGGGACCUUGCUCAGCAGAUGGUACUGAACUCAUACCGAGCGCAUGCGGGGCAGGUGACCUGUAUUGCUACCUCUCCUCACAAGGACUCCAUGUUUCUUUCAUGUAGCGAGGACAGUAGAAUUUUACUCUGGGAUACCCGAUGUCCCAAGCCAGCAUCGCAGAUGGGCUGCAAUGCGUCUGGCUACCUUCCUACCUCCUUGGCUUGGCAUCCUCAGCAAAGCGAAGUCUUUGUGUUUGGUGAUGAAAAUGGGGCUGUGUCCCUUGUGGAUACCAAGAGUGCAAGCUGUGUCCUCAGCUCAGCAGUUCACACCCAGUGUGUCACCAGACUAGUGUUCUCCCCACACAGUAUUCCCUUCCUGGCCUCCCUCAGUGAAGACUGCUCCCUGGCUGUGCUGGACUCGAGCCUUUCUGAGGUGUUUAGGAGCAGAGCCCAUAGAGACUUUGUGAGAGAUGCUACUUGGUCCCCACUCAAUCACUCCCUCCUUACCACGGUGGGCUGGGACCAUCAAGUCAUCCACCAUAUUGUGCCCAUAGAACCUCUCCCAGACCUCAGACCUGAGAGUACUGCUGAGUAGACUGUAUUUAAGAAAAAGGCAAACCCCCAUGCUAUUUGUCCUUGGCCUCAGUUUGUGAGACAGCUAUAGUGUAUUGAUACACUAAAUCUGUAAAAUUAAUAGGAAUUGUAGUUCAGCCUGAGGGGAGCUGGAUUUUGGGAUACUAUGGUAUCCCAGCAAGAGGAAACUUUCUAGAAAAUGGAAAUAUAUAUAUAUUCCUCCAAUCAGUGCAUUUGUAGAUCCAUAGCUUUUUUGGGGGGGCUUAAAAUCAUCCUCAGUUUUCCCAAGCACCACUCCCUCCCCACCAAAAAAGUUGACAGAAAGUUUUAUGCUUUUCAAGUUUGUAGGGAAUUGGCUGAAUGUUUGGAAGCAGCUCUUACCUGUUCAUAGAGAUAGGGGCAACUUAUUUUACAGGGCUUAAUUCCCUAUUAUGGGAAAUAAUUCCAUGCAUAAGAAUCCAACCCAGCUACUCUGAAGAAGAGGCAAGGCACACUCACCAAAGUUUGCACAACUCCUUGCCGUUAAACUGAAUCAGAAAUCUAUUUUCUGGCUGCAGUUUGGCUGGUGCUUACAUGAUGCCUGCUCCUCUGCCCCCAUGACAUUAUGUAUAAGAGAUGAGUGUUUUUCCACAGAGGGAAGUUAGGGAUGGUGGAGAGCUUAAAGGCACUUCAGCAAAGUUAGAAAACUGACAGGGACUGUUACAGAGAAAUCUUUGUCACUUUUCCCACCCAAAACCAGCCUGGAGUCUGACCUGCUUCUGGACCUCUUUCUUUGGAUAUAGGAAGUCUCAAUGUUGUAUUGUGAACUCCUCUAAGAUUCUGAAAUCCCACAUCAGGGAAAAGAAUGCAAUAUUGUUUGGCAAAAUAAAGAGUUUAUGUGUUUGUCUUUUUUGAA